AUGAGGAGGCUUAACAUCACCCAUCGUGGCCGUGCUCUUACAUCCGAGCAGAUACUAUGUGCAGCUUUACGUUUCUUUGCUAAUGGAAGCUUUCUGUACAAUAUCGGGGAUGCGGAGCAUGUUAGUAAGGCUACUGUAUGCAGAGCUGUACGGAAAGUGUGCCUUGCUCUGAAACGCUUUCUGCACAUUUUUGUAGUGUUUCCUGGCCACAAACCCCUGGGAGUCAUCAAGGAGGAAUUUUACAGAAUUGCUGGAUUCCCCAAUGUGGUUGGAUGCAUUGACGGCUCACAUAUACCUAUCAUUGCACCAACUGAAAAUGAGUCAGACUAUGUUAACAGGAAGUCAAUCCACAGUAUUAAUGUGCAGAUUAUAUGUGAUGCUGCACAUAUUAUCACUAAUGUUGAAGCCAAGUGGCCUGGCUCUGUUCAUGACUCACGGAUAUAUCGUGUGUGUACCCUAAGCAACAGACUGCAAAGUGGGGAGAUUGAUGGCUUUCUGCUGGGGGAUAGGGGUUACCCAUGCCAGCCUACACUGCUAACCCCUUACCCAGAACCUGAGCAAGGGCCACAGCAGCGCUUCAAUGUGGCACACUGCAAAACUAGAGGCAGGGUGGAAAUGACUAUAGGCCUGUUGAAAGCACAUUUCCAGUGCCUACGUCACCUCAGGGUCACCCCUGAGAGGGCCUGCGACAUUAUUGUGGCAUGUGUAGUUCUCCAUAAUAUUGCCAUUUUUAGAGGGGAACCACAUCCUGCCCUACACAUUCAAGCUCCAGAGGAAGACCCCAUCCACCCUGCAGAUUUCCAGGAUGGAAGGGUGGUCCGAGACCUUAUAUGUCACAAUUCAUUCUCUGAUUAAAUCAGCCACCACAAAAAUAAAAAAAUAAAUCAA